AUGAAUGGCGAGAUGAUUGAGAACGCCAUCAGGAGUGGGAAGAUCGAUGCUGGAGAGAGUAAUAGAAAAUCAGCUUCGAAAAGGAAGGAAAACGAGGUGAACAACGCGAGCAUGUACAACAAGGGUUACUCGAAGUCAGUAACAGUGAGUCAGCCAGGAAAGGCGGCUGCCAAUCAGCAAAGCUCGUCGAGACAGGAGGUCGGUACAAGGCGAAAUACGGAAAGGCCCCAAUUCACGCCAAUUCCCAUGUCAUACAGGGAAUUAUACCGAAACUUAUUCGACGCACAUGUAGUUUUCCUUUUCUAUCUGAAGCCCUUACAGCCCCCGUACCCUAAAUGGUACGACGCAAAUGCACAGUGCGACUAUCAUGCGGGAAUCACGGAGCAUUCUAUAGAAAACUGUACUGCCUUCAAGAAGUUGGUUGAAAGGCUCAUUGGUAUGGGUGUCGUUAAAUUUGAUGAAGCCACCAAAGCAGAAAAUCCAUUACCAAACCAUACUGAUAGUGGAAUAAAUAUGAUGGGCGAGGACAGAAAAAUUAAGGCAGACAUUACGGACGUGAAGACUCCUUUGAGAUGGGUCUGGAAAGAGAUGGUGAAAAGGGGGUUAAUUACUUCAGAAGAAAGCUGUGAGAAUAGGGGGAACUACUGUGAGUUCCAUUGUGAAAUGGGGCAUGAAAUCCAGGAGUGUACGGAGUUCAGAGCCAUGGUACAGGGUAUGAUAGAUAAUAAGGAGAUGGAAUUUUGUGAAGGAAUUCAGAAGGAGAGUCAUGUAUGUACGUCAGAGUUGGCAUUGGGAGUUCCAAAGGCUAACCAUCCUGUGGUCAUCAUCUCACGACCUAAGAAUAGUGAGGCUGGAGCGCGAGUAGCACCAAAGGUUAUCAUUCAAAAACCGACCGUGUUUACUUACAAGGAUAACAGGAGGGUUUCUUGGAAUUACAAUUGUAAUGUGACAAUCCCAGGGAAGGAGGACCAUGAUGAAGGAGGGUAUGACAAACAGGUGAAGGCUCGAGUAGAGCCAAUAAGAGAAGAAACUUCGAUUGGAAAGAAGAAGAAGGCGGUCGAACCUGAAUUGGUGGUCAAUGAACCAAUCAAGGAGGAGGAAGCUAGAGAGUUCUUGAAGUUCAUAAAACAUAGCGAGUACAGCGUUAUGGAGCAGCUGCACAAACAACCAGCUCGCAUAUCUAUGCUAGCUUUACUCCUGAACUCGGAGGGACAUCGGAAUGCACUACUGAAGGUGCUAAAUGAAACUUAUGUGGCCGACGAUAUCUCUAUUAACAAGUUGGAUCGACUGGUUGGUAAUAUAAGCGCUGAUAACUUCAUCUCUUUCAGCCAUGACGAAAUACCACCCGAGGGUAUGGGAUCUACUAAAGCUUUACACAUCACUACAAGGUGUAAAGGGUGCAUAUUACCGGGGGUUCUGGUAGACAAUGGAUCGGCAUUAAAUGUAUUGCCCCUAGCCACGCUCAACAGGCUACCUGUGGAUAGUUCGCAUAUGAAGUCGUGUUAG